AUGAUUUUUCGGUCGGCUUUAGCUAUUAUCAAAGUCCUAUCAGCUCAAUCAGAUGCCUGUAUGAAAAUGAUCCCACCUGAUGACGCAUACAUCACGAGUACCCUUCCCUAUGAAGACACCACUCCUGGAAGUCCAGCGACUUCAGAAAGCCCAGCGACUUCGGAGCCAACAACCCCAGUUGCACCGUUGGCUUGCACACAAUGUGAUACGAAGAGUGUUGUGGAGAAUCCAACUAACCCCGAGAUGCAAGUUCCGACGACUUGGAAAGAGAUGACACCGACCACCGAGGGCUGUACACAGUAUAUAGCGGAAUUCCAGGCGCCCGCAGGACAAACUUGCAUCUCGCUCUCAGUUUAUGUCAGUCAAGCUACAAAUCCAGAAAACAGAAUUUAUAAAGUGAACUCAGGAACAUACGCAGCUUUGACGUUUACGUGUAAAAAUGACAUGAUGUGGGGAUUCGAUCAAUUGACAGUAACGGGUAUUCAAAAGAUCUUUUGGCCGAUGAAACUUAACUGCAAAUGA